GACAAUGCUUCGGAAUCAGACAUUCGAAAGUGCAGUUUGAAAGGAGGAGCAGAGCUGCAGCAGCGAGCGGGAUUUGCUACCAGGCCGAGGACGGGAGGGUGCGAUUUCGCGUCCGGAAUCGAGGGGACAGACUUUGGUCUCUCGUCGUUCGCUCGUUGAGCGCAAGAAAAUCUCGCGACUGGAGCUUGCUUGCUUGCGAAAACGUGGCUCGGUCCGAGAGGUGAAAUGGACGAGGAGGAAGACGCCAUUGUAGGGCCCGGCCCGGCCCCUCCUGCGCGCCCCAAGCGCAAGCUGGGCUUUGAGCGCGCGUACCUCGAUGCCUUACCUUCUGCCCAAAUGUACGAGAAAAGCUACAUGCACCGGGAUGUCGUCACUCAUGUGGCUGUGUCCAGUGCUGACUUCUUCAUGACUGGAAGCACCGAUGGGCACCUGAAGUUUUGGAAAAAAAAGGGCGUCGGUAUCGAAUUCGUGAAGCACUUUCGCUCUCACUUAGGUCCUAUUGAAGGCGUUGCGGUCAGUGCAGAUGGUCUUCUCUGCGCAACCAUAUCGACUGAUCGCUCAGCUAAAAUAUACGACGUUGUUAAUUAUGACAUGAUGGCUAUGUUGAAGCUCUCUUUUGUGCCUGGGGCUAUUGAGUGGGUUUACAAAUUGGGAGAUGCAGUGGCUCGGCUUGCCAUCAGCGAUCGUGCAUCAAAUAACGUUCAUAUAUUCGAUGCACGAUCGGGUAGUAACGAGCCAGUGGUCACCAAGGAGGUCCAUUUAUCACCUGUGAAAGUCAUGAAAUACAAUCCAGUGUAUGAUCUAGUUUUGACCGCAGAUUCAAAGGGGCUUAUCGAUUAUUGGUCUCCAGAAACGUUGAAUUUUCCAACCGACAGUGUGCAGUUCAAGUUUAAAACCGAGACAGACUUGUAUAUUCUGGCCAAAGCGAAAACGACUGUCUCGGCCUUAGAGGUCAGUUCCGAUGGAAGACAGUUCGUGACAACUUCACCUGAUCGCAGAAUUCGUGUAUUUUGGUUCUUGAGCGGAAAACUGCGUCUCACUUAUGAUGAAUCUCUUGAGGUUGCCCAAGACCUGCAGCGUAGUGACGCUCCUCUGUAUAGGUUAGAUGCUAUUGACUUCGGAAGGAGGAUAGCUGUAGAAAGGGAGAUUGAGAAAACCGACGAUGUUCCCGCACCUAAUGCCAUCUUUGACGAGAGUGGAAAUUUUGUACUGUAUUCAACACUUUUAGGAAUUAAGGUAGUAAAUCUUUACUCGAACAAUGUCGCUCGAAUAAUUGGAAAGGUAGAGAACACUGAAAGGUUUUUAAGAAUUGCUCUCUAUCAAGGAGGAAGCAGCGGCAAGAAAGUGAAGAAAAUACCCAAUGUUGUGAAUGUCAACGAUCAACGAGAACCGCUGACAGAUCCGACAUUGAUCUGCUGUGCCUUCAAAAAGCACAGGUUCUAUCUUUUCAGUCGAAGAGAACCUGAGGAAGCGGAGGAUGCAACCAAGGGUCGUGAUGUUUUCAACGAAAAGCCCCCACCGGAAGAGCUUCUGGCGCUGGCAGAUGUCAGCAAGACAAGUACUACAUCUUUGCCAGAGAGUGUGUUGAUGCACACGACUCUCGGAGAUAUCCACGUGCGAUUGUAUCCAGAUGAGUGCCCACGAACAGUUGAGAAUUUCACCACCCAUUGUCGGAAUGGAUACUAUGAUAACCUUAUAUUCCACCGAGUCAUUAAGGGGUUUAUGGUUCAAACCGGUGAUCCUCUUGGAGAUGGAACCGGAGGUCAGUCGGUAUGGGGUGGAGAAUUUGAGGAUGAGUUCCACAAGAGUUUACGACAUGAUCGACCUUUCACCUUCUCAAUGGCAAACGCAGGACCCAAUACCAAUGGGUCGCAGUUCUUUAUUACCACUGUUGCUACUCCGUGGCUUGACAAUAAACACACAGUUUUCGGAAGAGUGGUAAAAGGAAUGGAUGUUGUGCAGGCUAUAGAGAAAGUCAAAACUGACAAAAAUGAUAAGCCAUACCAGGACGUGAAAAUACUUAGCGUGACUGUUCCUAAGAUUUAGAAUCUCUUCUGUCAAAGGCAGGCGUCUAAUCAUCUCUACCCACCACAAGGGAUAUAAAAAACUUGAACAGUUUUUUCGCGCACUUUCUUAGUGUGCUGUAGCUGUUUCCCUCGUGAGUACAUAGAGGACAGAUUUAGGAGGACAGAUCGAGAUUCAGAUGCGUCGAUAUACAAAUGCAGUACUAAACCGGAAGCUAUGUAUUCAAGUCGUAGAGGAGAAAAGUGGGGAUCUUGGGGUGACAAAUUAUGAAAAUCCUCCAUUUGGAUCAACUUUCUUCAGAAUUUCUUUCAAGCCUGAGCCGUGUUUUUGAAGGUGGAAGGCGAGUGUUCUAUAAAGCUGUCACAAAUGAACUAGGCAAAACUUCGCGUUCC